AAAAAAAAGAAAUAAGGAAAAUAUAUAGAGAUAUAUAAAUAGCACAAGGAAGAAGGAGGAGAGGGAAGAUAAAGCAAAUAAAAAAAUUGGGAGCGUUCGUAUGUCAAUGGCCGUCGAAAUGUCAUCGAAACAACCCACCAAAGAUUUCUUCUCCUCUCCAGCCCUCUCCCUCUCUCUCGCUGGUAUAUUCCGGAAUGCAUCCUCCGGCAGCAGGAACCCUGAGGAGGACUUUUUGGGGAGAAGGGUAGUUGACGAUGAGGAUCGGACGGUGGAGAUGAGCAGCGAGAACUCGGGACCCACGAGAUCCAGAUCAGAGGAAGACUUGGAGGAUCAAGAGGAGGAGGAGGAGGAUGAGGAGGAAGACGGAGCAGGAAACAAGGGCAACAAGAGGAAGAGGAAGAAGUAUCACCGCCACACCACCGAUCAGAUUAGACACAUGGAAGCGCUGUUCAAAGAGACGCCCCAUCCAGACGAGAAGCAAAGACAGCAGCUGAGCAAGCAAUUAGGGCUGGCUCCUCGCCAGGUCAAAUUCUGGUUCCAAAACCGCCGCACCCAGAUCAAGGCUAUUCAAGAACGGCACGAGAACUCGCUGCUGAAAGCGGAACUAGAGAAGCUGAGGGAGGAAAACAAAGGCAUGAGAGAGUCUUUUGCCAAGGCUAAUUCUUGCUGCCCAAACUGCGGAGGAGGCACCGAUGAUGUCCACAUCGAGAACUCCAAACUGAAGGCGGAGCUGGAUAAGCUUCGUGCGGCUCUCGGACGCACUCCCUACCCACUCCAGGCCUCAUGCUCCGAUGAUCAACCACACCGUCUCGACUUCUACACGGGCGUCUUUGCCCUCGACAAGUCCCGCAUCGUGGAGAUUGCCAGCCGAGCCACCCUUGAGCUCCAGAAGAUGGCCUCCUCCGGCCAACCUCUUUGGCUCCGCAGCCUUGAGACUGGCCGUGACAUUCUCAACUACGACGAGUAUCUCAAGGACUUCCCUCAAGCUCAGGCCUCUCCCCUCCAUGCAAGGAGAUCCAUCGAAGCAUCCAGGGAUGUGGGGAUCGUGUUUAUGGACGCACACAAACUUGCUCAGAGUUUUAUGGACGUGGGGCAAUGGAAAGAGAUGUUUGCGUGCUUGAUCUCAAAGGCGGCGACGGUUGAUGUAAUCCGGCAGGGUGAAGGGCCUUCAAGGAUCGACGGUGCGAUUCAGUUGAUGUUUGGGGAGAUGCAACUGCUCACUCCGGUUGUCCCCACAAGAGAAGUGUACUUCGUGAGAAGCUGCCGGCAGCUUAGCCCUGAGAAAUGGGCCAUCGUGGACGUAUCAGUCUCUCUGGAGGAAGACGACAACAACAACAACACGGAGGACAAGGAGGCUUCGCUGCUUAAAUGCCGGAAACGCCCCUCAGGUUGCAUCAUCGAGGACACCUCCAACGGCCACUCCAAGGUCACCUGGGUGGAGCACCUCGACUUGUCUGCCUCCACCGUUCAGCCUCUCUUCCGCUCCUUUGUCAACACCGGUUUGGCCUUUGGGGCUCGACACUGGGUCGCCACCCUCCAGCUCCACUGCGAACGCCUCGUCUUCUUCAUGGCUACCAACGUCCCUACCAAGGACUCUCUCGGUCCGUCCAUUAUUUACACUCUCUCUCUCCCUCUCUCUCUUUCUCCCUCUCACCUUUUCUUAACCCCAAUCCUCCUCUCAGGAGUUACAACGCUUGCCGGGAGAAAGAGCGUGCUCAAGAUGGCCCAGAGGAUGACACAAAGCUUCUACCGCGCCAUUGCUGCUUCCAGCUACCACCAAUGGACCAAAAUCACCACCAAAACUGGACAAGACAUGAGGGUUUCUUCCAGGAAGAACCUCCAUGAUCCUGGUGAGCCCACCGGAGUCAUCGUCUGCGCUUCUUCCUCCCUCUGGUUACCUGUUUCUCCCACUCUCCUCUUCGAUUUCUUUAGAGAUGAAGCUCGUCGCCAUGAGUGGGAUGCUUUGUCAAACGGAGCUCAUGUUCAGUCUAUCGCAAGCUUAUCCAAGGGACAAGACAGAGGCAACUCAGUGUCUAUCCAGACAGUGAAAUCGAGAGAAAAGAGCAUAUGGGUGCUGCAGGACAGCAGCACAAACUCAUAUGAGUCGGUGGUCGUAUACGCUCCCGUAGAUAUAAACACGACACAGCUGGUGAUUGCAGGACAUGAUCCAAGCAACAUCCAAAUCCUGCCUUGUGGAUUCUCAAUCAUACCCGAUGGAGUAGAAUCAAGACCACUGGUAAUCACGUCUGCACAAGAGGACAGAAACAGCCAAGGAGGGUCUCUGCUCACACUGGCCCUCCAAACGCUCAUCAACACUUCUCCUGCAGCAAAGCUGAAUAUGGAGUCCGUGGAAUCCGUCACAAACCUCGUCUCUCUCACCCUCCACAACAUUAAGAGAAGCCUCCAAAUCGAAGAUUGUUGAUGACAACUCACAGCAGGUGUGAUGAUUGUUGUUACAUAUAUAAGUAUAUCAUAAUGUAUAGCAGUGCAUUAAGUUUUGUACAAAAACAACCCUCUCUCUCUCUCCCGCAAUCAUACUGUUAUCCAACACUUUUUGCAGCAUUAAGAGAGCAUCAUACUCGACUAAGAACCCAAUACACAAAACUUUACCGAAACAAAAGUGGGAUCAGAUGAACCAAAUGCAUAACCCUGAUUUAGAUACACAGUAAUUGGAUCAGAAACGAAGGCCUGAUCAAAUUCCACAACUUAAACAAUACGCAAUUCGAGCAGGAAAACAAAAUGCAUUCCAUAAACAGAGAGAAUUACACUUGAUUGCAAUACACAACAAACAGAAACGAAAAACAGUAAAAAAGACAGCUUUUUUUUUUUACCAAAACAAACAAACACUCAGUGAGUCGCAUUCUCCUCUACGCCGGCUGCUGAGAUUCCAAGGGAAUGCCGAGGUCGUUCCCAGCUUCUCCUCCGCCUUCCGCUUUCCUGCUGCUCCUUGAGACGACAGCAAGCGCCACGAAUGACUUAGUCUUACUGAUGGGUCUGCUCUUCUCCAGCCUCACCACAUCGCCCACCUUGAACUGAUUAUCCGGGUCAUGCGCCUGGUACUUCUUCUUCUUCCUCACGCGCCUCUUGUACUUGGGAUGCGGAGCCAGCCUCACCACCUCCACCGCCACGGUCUUGUCGUUGGUUGCGCACACCACGCGCCCCUGCAUCGUUUUCAUGGCUCUGAUGACCGGAACCAAUGCCGGCCUUCGAGGGUUCGGGAAUAAAUUGGGCUUAGAGAGAGAUGAGAGUGGAGUCGAGCCAUGGGCGAAUGGAGACGAAAGCUUCAGAGCUUGCAGAGAUGAGGUUAUUAGCGACGUCAUCGUUAUCCCCCUCCUCUAUGGGAUCGAUUUGGAAGACGAUGAAGAAGAUAAGGCGAUAGAUCAUGUUAUUAUAAUAUUGGCUUUUGCUAAAUGGGUUA